UUCCCAUAGAAAAUGUGAAUUUCGUGCCUUUUUCUACUGACAAAGUUGUUUAACUAUACUUAAACAUAGAGUCAAACCAAGCUAACUCGACACCGACUUUAAUAGCACACACUAUGCAAGUGCUAUUUUAGACUUCUAUGAAAUUAUGACGUUUAAAAUAACAUUUCCACACUUGCACAGUCUGUGAUAUCAAAAUCACUACCGAGUAAUCUUGGUCUCAGGGCCUAACGCGAACACCGAAGUUCGCAAAUUGCGGCCAUAUAUGUCUUAUACUCCAAUUAUUUAUGGCCUAUUUAUUUGAGGAACGGGCACCUAACUGCACGUUUUUAAGGUUUACUAGUUACAGUUACCUAUAUCAAUCUUAAUUGAUGGUGUUGUCUCGUAAGAUAGGUAUCGUGCAUAAUAUCGUGUCCAUUUCAAUAAGAACCGGGUGUUUCAAACCGUCGGUAUACUUACCUAAGUUACCUAUAAUGAUAAAUAAAAACACUAAAAUGAUAUUGUAGGUAUUUAAUGUUUCGUCGAUGGUGGUUAGUGGUUAGUGGAUCUAAAAACACCCUUCUCACACUUAUCCAGAGAAUAAGUAAAAUACUAGAUGCGCCUUUAAGUAUUAUAGGGAUGGACAUGAUAGGUUAACCAUGUUUAACUAAAUUCAUACAAGUAGUAUGAUUGCUUUUUAGUCCAAUGUUGCAACAUAAACAGUUCGACGAAUCUUUUCAUCGAACGUAAGCGCGAUCAUGCUAACUACCUCUGCGAUUUUAAAGUUAUCUAUAACAAAAACUUGUUUAGGUAUUAAGUAAAGAAUGACUAAAUAACAACACAUUAUUUAAUGAUGUUUGCAUAUUGGUUCAUCUUAUCAGAAAACGUGUAGCUUUGACCUCUCUAUCAGCAUCAGUAUUCUACUGUCGCUUUCAUAAGACACACACAGCAUGUUAAAAGUUUAUAUUGUAAUUGAACUAUAUUAAAUUAUUGAAAAAUGUACAGAUUACUUAAACGCGGCGUGUUAACUGGGAACAAAUUAAAUGGUUUAAAACCUUCUAAUCUAGGAAGAGGUACUCGUUAUCUGACUACCCAAGAUGCGAAGGCAGAUAUUCUGUUCCCUGAAACGGUCGAUUUCCCGAGCAGGCAUAUUGGGCCCAGGGACCAAGAUAUUGUGACCAUGCUGGAUCUUUUGGGAUACAAGAGCUUGGACCAGUUGACUAAUGAUGCGGUACCUAAGCAAAUCCAGUUGCAAGGUCUUAUGGACAUCUCUGAGCCUAUGAGCGAAUACGAUCUUAUCGAAAGAGUGCGCAAGUUAGCUGAAAAUAAUCAAAUAUGGCGUUCAUACAUCGGUAUGGGAUAUCACAACUGUGCUGUACCUCAUACCAUCAUGAGGAAUAUGUUCGAAAAUCCUGGAUGGACGACGCAGUACACUCCCUACCAACCCGAAGUGGCUCAGGGCAGACUGGAAAGUCUCCUCAACUACCAGACGAUGGUGAGCGACCUCACUGGCUUGGAUGUUGCCAACGCAUCGCUGCUUGAUGAAGGCACGGCUGCUGCCGAGGCCCUAUCCCUUUGCCACAGACACAACAAAAGGAACAAGUUCGUAGUAUCAGAGCGUCUCCAUCCUCAAACACUAGCCGUCGUCCAAACCCGUUUGGAUGCUCUAGGAUUGGAGGUGUUGGUGGUACCCGACGUGCGACAGGCGGAUUUCGCGCAGAGAGACAUCUCUGCUGUCCUCUUGCAAUGUCCUGAUACCAGAGGCUUGGUUUAUGAUUACUCUGGAUUGGCUGCUGCUGCUCAGGAACAUGGAACAUUAGUCGUAGUGGCAACGGAUCUCUUAGCCAUGGCUCUGCUCAGGCCUCCAGCGGAAUGCGGCGCAGCCCUUGCCGUAGGCACUUCCCAACGGUUGGGAGUCCCACUUGGCUAUGGGGGUCCCCAUGCAGGGUUCUUCGCGGCCGAACAUCCGUUGGUGCGGCUCAUGCCUGGACGUAUGGUGGGCGUGACGAGGGACGCUGCUGGAAGAGAUGCCUACAGGUUAGCUCUUCAGACCAGAGAACAGCACAUCCGACGAGACAAGGCGACGUCAAACAUUUGCACAGCUCAAGCCCUCUUGGCGAACAUGUCCGCGAUGUACGCCGUCUACCACGGACCUCAAGGCUUGAGGGAUAUUGCCAUUCGAGUUCAUAAUGCUACUCUAGUACUUGAUCAUGGUAUCAGACAACGUGGUCACAAGCAAUCUAACGAAGUAUACUUCGACACGUUACACGUUGUACCCCAUGCUAACCACGACGCUGGUGCCAUCAAAGAAAGAGCCCAACAAAAGAAGAUCAAUCUUCGGUAUUUCGAUGACGGUGCAGUUGGUGUUGCAUUAGAUGAAACCACUACCAUGCAGGAUGUUGAUGACUUGCUUUGGAUAUUUGACUGUCAAAGCGUUGAAGAGGUAAAGAAAAACGAAGAAUCAGUGAAAUCUCGCAGCGUGCUUAAGGGUCCAUUCAGAAGGACGUCCCCGUAUCUAACGCAUCCCGUCUUCAAUAUGCACCACUCGGAAACUAAGCUGGUGCGGUACAUGAAGCGACUGGAGAAUAAGGACAUAUCUUUGGUCCACUCUAUGAUACCUCUGGGUUCCUGCACUAUGAAACUAAAUUCAACUACGGAGAUGAUGCCAUGCUCAUUCAAGCACUUUACAGAUAUUCAUCCGUUCGCGCCACUGGAUCAGUGUCAGGGCUAUCAUACCUUGUUUGAGGAACUUGCUAAUGAUUUGUGUGCGAUCACAGGCUACGACCGUGUUUCAUUUCAGCCAAACAGCGGCGCUCAAGGCGAAUACGCGGGGCUACGUACAAUAAAGCGCUAUCACGAGUUCCGCGGCGACACGGGCCGCAACAUAUGCCUCAUUCCCGUAAGCGCGCACGGCACGAACCCAGCAUCUGCCCAUAUGGCCGGUAUGCUGGUGUGUGCUAUCCGAGUCAAGCCCUCUGGAGAUAUCGACAUGGAGCAUCUCAAAGAUAAGGUUGAAGAGCACAGCAAGAAGCUAUCAUGCCUCAUGCUGACGUACCCUAGCACGUUCGGUGUGUUCGAGGAGCAGGCCGCAGACGUGUGCGCGCUGGUGCACAAGCAUGGCGGCCAAGUGUACUUGGACGGCGCCAAUAUGAAUGCACAGGUUGGUCUAUGCCGUCCAGGAGAUUAUGGCAGCGAUGUAUCUCAUCUUAACCUGCACAAGACCUUCUGUAUACCCCAUGGCGGUGGUGGUCCAGGCAUGGGACCUAUUGGAGUGAAAGCUCACCUAGCGCCUUUCCUGCCUUCACAUCCCGUUGUAGACCCCCUAGCGGACUUGGGUGACGCGGCGCACAGUUUUGGAUCAGUGAGUGCGGCUCCCUAUGGUUCUUCGGCCAUCUUGCCGAUUUCCUGGGCAUAUAUCAAGAUGAUGGGCCCUAAAGGUCUCAAGCGCGCAACGCAAGUAGCCAUACUGAACGCAAACUACAUGUCCCGAAGGCUCGAGGGCCAUUACAAAACGCUGUAUAAGGGUGAAAGGGGGCUAGUGGCGCACGAGUUCAUCAUAGACGUGAGAGAUCUUAAGAAAACUGCUAAUAUAGAACCUGGAGACAUUGCGAAGAGGUUGAUGGACUUUGGAUUUCACGCCCCAACCAUGUCUUGGCCGGUAGCUGGGACUCUUAUGAUAGAGCCUACGGAAUCCGAGGAUCUGCAGGAACUCGACCGGUUCUGCGAGGCGCUCAUCCAAAUUAGAAAAGAAAUCAAAGACAUAGAGGAUGGAGUCAUGGAUAAACGGUUAAAUCCGCUCAAGAUGGCGCCUCAUACGCAAGAAGCUGUGAUAUCAGAAGACUGGAACAGGCCUUACAGCAGAGCUCAAGCUGCAUUCCCUGCCCCGUUCGUGAAGGGAGAAACGAAGAUCUGGCCAACAGUGGGUCGGAUCGACGAUAUGUAUGGCGACAAGCACCUCGUCUGUACGUGUCCUCCAGUCCUUGAUGACUUCUGAUCCUUUAUUUAUUGUUAUAGGCUAUAUAUUAUAUUUAAGAUUAAAACAAAGACAUGUUGUCGCAUAAUAAUAUGUAUAUUUUGUCAAUAUUGCUGUAGAAUAAAUAUUUCCCUCUAACAACAAAACUUCUCU